AUGACUGCUCUCUUCUCCACCUCCGCUCGUGUUGCCCUUCGCUCGGGAGCUUCGGCUUCCUACAAGGCUGGCGCUGCGGGCUUGACUUUUGCCCGCGGCAAGGCUACCCUGCCCGACCUUUCCUACGACUAUGGUGCUCUUGAGCCCUCCAUCAACGGCAAGAUCAUGGAGCUUCACCACAAGAACCACCACAACACCUAUGUCAACAGCUAUAACACCGCUUUUGAGCAGCUCCAGGAGGCUCAGCACAAGGGUGACAUUGCCGCCCAGAUUGCCCUCAAGCCCGCCAUCAACUUCCACGGCGGUGGCCACCUGAACCACUCUCUCUUCUGGGAGAACUUGGCUCCCAAGAGCGCCGGUGGUGGUGAGCCCCCCUCCGGCUCUCUGGCCAAGGCCAUCGACACCACUUAUGGUGGUCUCGAUGAAUUCAAAGGCAAGAUGAACGCUGCCCUGGCUGGUAUUCAGGGCUCCGGCUGGGCUUGGCUCGUCAAGGACAAGCAGACCGGCCAGAUCAGCAUCCGCACUUAUGCUAACCAGGACCCCGUCGUCGGCCAGUUCGAGCCUCUCCUUGGUAUUGACGCCUGGGAGCACGCCUACUACUUGCAAUACCAGAACCGCAAGGCUGAGUAUUUCAGCGCCAUCUGGGACGUCAUCAACUGGAAGGCCGCGGAGAAGCGCUUCUCUUAA